AUGGACGGCAGAAGAUGUCAAGGCCUCGAGAAAACGGCACCUUCUCUGGAGGAGCUGGCGAUUACGGAGGACAUGCUUUUUCCAUCUCACAUACCUUUGGCAUGGUCCUGCGAGGAAGAUUUUUUCUACGAGGAGGAUGGUGAUGAGGCCAUGGAGCAGCAGAGAUGUUGCACCGAAGAUGUGAGCGAGAGAAACGAGCCCACUGCGAUCACCAUGUCCAACGAAGCCGAGGAGGAUGGUGAUGAUGCCAUGGAGCAGCGCAGAUGUUGCGCCGAAGUCGUCGAAGAUGUGAGCGAGUACGACGCGCCCACGGCGGUCACCAUCUCCAACGAAGCUGAGGAGGAUGGUGAUGAUGCCAUGGAGCAGCGCAGAUGUUGCGCCGAAGUCAUCGAAGAUGUGAGCGAGAACGACGCGCCCACGGCGGUCACCAUUUCCAACGAAGCCGAUGACCUGGCUUUUCCAUUCUUCAGUGGACUGGAAGGCCAUGGUGCUGCAACCGGCUCGGCAUCGUGUUUCGUCGCGACUGAUGACGACAGCGUGGGUAGCGUCUAUGCCCCGGAUGCCGCAGCAGAGGCUUUUGUCAUGCAGGACGCGGAGACGCUGCAGACAAAGAGUUCGUUUGCUAGCCCAGCUAUUGGGAUGGAGUGGCAGCCACAGACGCCAACCCCAGACUGCAAAGCUGCGGAUGAUCCGGCGAAUGCUGCAGAGACAGUGCUGGAGGAGACGCAAGCGCUCAUCAGCUCUUCCCCAAUCUUCCAGGACGCCUCAAUUUGCUUGCCAGCUGAGAGAUGCAUGACACUCAGCACUUCUGAACCUCGCAGUCCGGAUUCUGCCGCAUCGAUGCAGUGCCAGCCAGCAGUGCCAGAUGUUUCCGCCUCCCCUUGGGAGAAUGAAGAAGUUAGCCAGGUUGAGACAGUCUCCUGCAUCCAGAAAGUGUGCUCGGAUGGCUCAGUUGUGGCGCAUGAUAUGCAGCAUCAGCACCAUUUGCUGGAGUCACCUCGCGUCGACAAGAUGCAGAAUCAUGAUGAGCCUUUACCACCAGCGGUUGAUCUCAGAAAAGAAGCACCUUCAAGACGUGCAGCAGAACAUGGUGAACACGGUGCUUCGAUCAUUCGAGCCGCAGCCACCGCCCCAGAGGGUGCGAUGCCCAGGUGUCGCAGCAGUCGGUUUGGUGAAGGUGCCCGUGCUACUCAAAGGUCGCAGUCUGAAGCCAGAAGCCGUCGAUCUGCAAGGCUGCCCGAGCGAAGCCCUCCUCGGUCCGGAAAGGACCAGCUCCUGGCCGAGCGCCGGAUCCUCCAACCGCCGGAGCUGCGCCGGCUUGGCAAAGCCGCCUACUCCGAUCUCGAUGCCAAAGCCUGGAAGUAUGGCAAGGACAUUGCCGCGAGCCAAGUGCUCAGUGUGGAGCCUGCUGACACUCUGGCUUUCCCUGAGUGUCGCCACGUGUCGCUGAUGGCAAUGCUCCCUGCCUAUGCCAUGAAGGAGAAACGGGUGCCCGCGCCCAAAAUUCUCAAGGGUGCCAGCAACGAGGCAGCCUGGAACCGAGGCGGAUCGAUUCCAGCACGCGGCGAGAAGAUUCCGAACUCGGCGAGGCUCAGGCAUGGCGACGCAGUCCCUGCGCCGGGCACAAAAGCCUCGCAACUGCGGCUGCCACCGCUGUCGCCUCAUCCGGGCUGCAAGACGGCCGGCGGUGGACCAACAAGCCCAGGCGCUGGUGUUCUGGGCCUUCUUGCUGUGCGAAGGAGCCGCUCAGUGCUAAGGGAGCUGCGGUGA